AUGUCGUCCCGCCAACUACGCAAACGUCAGACCGCGGCCAACAAUUCGAGCCCUCCGGGAAAGAAACGGGCCCCAAUCGAAUCGAAGUCUCCAACUUCGGAGAGGUCGGAAAUUGAGAACGGAUCAGAGUUAAGACUAGCACUGAACAAACCAGCACCCUAUAGCGAUGAGCCUGAUGCUAUAAAUGAGAGGAAUCGAGUGGAUUACAGUAAAAAAAUCACCUUGGAAGAGGCCUACAACAACUCAGGUAAGGUUAAUAUUGAUGGAAGAAGGGGUGAUAGGAUGGUUUAAAGAUGGUCAAUAGAUUGGAAAUGUGGUUGGAAUGUUCUACGGAUAAGGUUUUGGUAUGGGAUAGGGUAUAAGAUAAUUUUUUUAUUUUCCAUAAUAUUAGACUUGACCGAAAUCAAAAUUUGCAUAUAUUGAGUAAGUAAUGGGUUAAGAUUGGGGUAAAUCUGGCUAUUAUUAUGUAGAAUGGUCUAGUUUUUCAUAUGGACUACUAAUUUUGAUGUUUUUGAAUACUGAUUUUUUAAAAUCAUCAAAUUUUUUCGAGUAUAAGAUAGUGUAAUAUUCAUAAAAAUUGGUCAAAUUUUAAUAAUAUUUUUUCCGGAAACUGACCUCUUAUCUAUCAGAGAGAUGAUGCUCUAUUAAAGUGCACUUUUUGUAGUAAUUCUUCAGUGAUUUGUAUCAAUUUUUUUCUAGAAUGUAGCUCCAAACUAAUGUUUUCAACAAAAGAAAAAAGAAUGUUGAAACCUCAUACGGGUUUUUUUCGGAGAUUCCGAUUAUCUAGAUUGAACUCCAGUCGUCAUUUCUCGCAUUUUUUUCUCCGAUUACGUGUAAUUUUUGAUAACAAUCUUAAGAUUGAGUCACUCAUAAUCAGACAAUGUGAAAAGAAAAACAGCAAAUUUAGUUUAUCAUCAAGAAGAUUGUUUAAUAAAAAGUUCAGUUUUUUGUGAUGAAAGCUGGGAGUUUAAAAAGAACUUUGAUAAAUGGGGUUAGAUCAGGUCAUAAUGAACAUAAAAAAUUGGUGGAAAUGUCAAUCUUUUGCAGAAUUAUUAGGUAAUACGCCUUAAAGAGAUUUUUUGAGGACAGUGGAAGCUUUCUGAGAGGGUUGUUUUGAUUUUGGGCAUCGAUUUUGCAACGUGCCAUCUCACUUGAUAGCGAUAUUAAACAAAAAAUGGGAUGUGUAAUGCCCGUGGGUGACCUAAAAUGAUUAGAAUGCACUCUAUCGUUAAUGACCACAGAAAGUUUCUCAAUUUAAAAAAAAUGGCGCCAUUUUAUUUUUACAUGUGUCCGAAAAAUGAUCUUUUUAUCUGUAAAUUAAUUUUGAUGAUUAGCAGCUGGAUCAAAGUUUGUUGAAGCGAGGAAUACGAUAAAGGUGAACUACGAAGAAAAUGAUUGCUCAAACUGUUUAAAAAAUUUAUCAGAAGCAGUUUUUUGGAUAUCAGAUGUCAUGUAUAAUAUAAAAAUUGGUCGUAAUCAAGGAAAUUUUUAGCCGGCCGACCAGUCCGAGUAUUUGCUGAUGGAAUCUACGACUUGUUCCAUCAUGGACACGCGAAUCAGUUGAGACAAGCCAAAAAUGCCUUCCCGAAUGUCUACUUGAUCGUUGGAGGUGGGUAAAGUAAAAUAAGAUGACAAAAAGAGACUUGGAUUUGGUCGAAUUUGAGAUUGUAACAUUGUAUUUUAGUCUGUGGCGACAAAAACACCCACAAAUUCAAGGGGCGCACAGUGACCGAAGAAGACGAGCGGUUCGAAGCCGUCCGCCAUUGCAGAUAUGUGGACGAAGUUUAUAGGGACUCACCAUGGUAUGUGACCGUCGAUUUCCUCAAAGAAUUGAAGGUAAGACAAAGAUUGUGGUCUAAUUUAGUCGUAGGUGGACUUUAUCGCUCAUGACGCCAUACCGUACCUAGCCCCAGGCGAAGAAGAUUUGUACGAAAAAUUCAGACGGGAGGGAAUGUUUGUGGAAACGCAGCGAACGGAAGGCGUUUCUACGUCGGAUGUGGUCUGCAGAAUCAUCAGAGACUAUGACAAGUAUGUGAGAAGGAACCUACAGAGAGGAUACUCCGCCAAGGAACUCAAUGUCGGAUUCUUUUCGGUGAGAAAUUGGGGUUUGGGGUGGAGGGGACAUGGAGAAAAUAAUGAAGAUUUUUGAGAAGGAAAGUAGUUUUAUGGGGUAUGGAGUUACAGAUCGAGACAUAUAUCAAAUAAAUCGCAAAAUUUUUCUGAUUCAGAAAUUAGAACUAUUUAAAGGGUAGUUCGUAGGAUUAAGAUCCGGAGAUCUCCUAGAAAUGACUCGCCAAACACGUACGAGUGAUAGAUUUAUCCAAACCAAACGAUACAAUUGGGGAAAAUACGAGCAAGAGUAAAUAAGUCAACAAUAAACCAAGACCAAACUGUAACAACCGAAUAAUACUCGGGCUCACGCCCUCGCGCGUCCUUCUUCUGUCCUCCUUCUGGCCGUCUCCAACCUCCGACCUCCUGUCCUAUAUCUCCAUCUAUCCCUUGUCCAAUAUCAAUUCCUCCUUCUUCGUUGAUCCUAUCGUAGUUGCUGCAGAAUGCCAAUGAGUGUUUCCGUGGUGAGACCAUUUGCGGGUAUCCGUGCGGGUUGUUCUUGAUGUUCCACUGGCUCCAAGAGUGUUGACGGGCUCCAAAUGUGUUUGAACUCGUGGUUGCUUGUCAAGGUGCUGGUCUGGGUCCUAUCAAGGUGCUGGUCUGGGUAAUAUGUAAUUGUCAAGGUGCUGGUCUUGAGUUUAGCUAUGUCUUGGAAUUUGUAGGAAUUAGUUUGAGAAAUUUCUGCAAUGUGUCGACUGUAAUAUUGAUCCAUCAUCAAACAUAUUAUUGAUGAUGAUAUUUUAGAAGCCAUAAAUCAUAAAAAGUGAUUUUGAAACUAUGUAAAAUACUAGGUGAUUAAGGAAUUUAAUGGCUGGGCCAAGAGGGUGAUAGAUUUUUGAAAAUUUGACGAAUUUAUGAACUUGAUUUGCAUAUUUUUAGGCCCAACGAUACCAACUCCAAAACCAAGUGGACAGUCUGAAACAAAAGGGAGCCGAACUCCUAAACAGUUGGAGAACCCGCUCCGACGACUUUGUUAGAGGCUUCUUAGAGACCUUCCACAAAGAUGGCCACAUUACCCUGAACCUUGGCUCCAAACUCCGAGAAUUGGUGAGCAGAUCCCCAUCCCCGGCCAUUGAAGACGGAUCGGCGGACGACGAAGAGAAAAAUGACAACAUCAAGACUUCAAAAGUUAUCUAA